AUGGUUAAAUCAAGAAAACAACAAUCACUUCUGACCACUCAAUUAGGUCUAAAAGAAGCAAAGGAAGCACAAGAAAAUGAAAUCGAAGCUUUAAAAGCGAUUUUUAUGGAAGAUUAUGAAUCCGUUGUUGUUACUACCGCGUGGAAGGUUGUUCCAACAGGUCAUGAGUUUAGACUUCAUCUUAAGCCACAAGAACAAGAAUUAAAGAAACAUGUAUCAUUGGAUUUGCACGUUAAAUUUCCCAAAACAUAUCCCCGUUCUGCACCUGAUAUAAAGAUCGAAAAUGCUCGAGGUUUAUCCGAGACACAUUUAAAUAAAGCUCAAGGACAUAUUUCUAAUUUGAUAAAAGAAAAUAUUGGACAAGAAAUGGUUUACACGAUUGCACAAUUUAUUCAAGAAUUUAUAACAAUGAAUAAUAAUGGGGUGAAGAUGGUCACCAAGCAAACUUCUUUUCACGAACAAAUGUUAAAUAGAAUUGAACAAAUGACGAAGGUUGAACAAAAAAAGGCAAUAGAGGAAGAAUUUCGGGCUCGUCAAUUAGAAGAGCAAGAGCGUAUAAUAUUGGCUCAAAAAAUUAACGAAGAAACACAAAAUAAAAUGGCAAAAUUUGAAGAAGAAAGAUUAAAAAGAAAGCAGAUGAAAGUUAAAGAAGAUCAAAAUUCAAAAAAAUUGGUUGAUUCAUCAUUGACUUUUCCCACAGUGAAUUUUGAUGCGUUUGUUAUGUUGAAUCCUGAUGCUUCACAAGACGUACCUUUCAAAUCUGUAGUUCUUGGUCCAUCUAUAGGAAAAGGAACCAUUGGUUCAACGUAUUUAGUUCAAGCCACUAAUUUUCAAGGCAAGAAUGUGGAACCAUCAGAGCGCCAUGUGUUGGUAUUAAAGGAAAUUUCAAUAGUUUCCCCAUAUUAUUUUAAUAUUGAAGGCAAAAGAAAGAUAGAAAAGGAUCUCUUUCGAGUGAAAAGACUUCGACAUACAAAUUUAAUUACAAUUUAUGAAUCCGAACUUGGAAGAAGCGAGGCAGGAUGGAAUUUAUAUAUACUUAUGGAAUAUGCACGAGGUGGUACAUUGGAAGAUUUAUUGAAAAAAUGUGGUACCAUUCAAUUACCAUUUGCAAGAGAAUAUAUGAAACAAUUAUUGAAUGCCUUGGAUUAUGUUCAUGCAAAUAGUUUUGUACAUAAAGCCUCCAAUAUAUUACUUACUGAAGUUGAUGGAAAAGGAGAAUGUAUAGCUAAAUUAUCAGAUGUUAAUUUUCAUCGAAAGUUAUUAGGUGAGGUACCACCUGAACAAGAGACAAAACCUUAUUCCAGGAAAAAUGAUAUUUGGUGUCUUGGAGUCAUUUUUAUACAAAUGUUAUUUGGUUUGAAUGUUAUUAAACAAUAUAAUUCACUAGAGGAUUUAUUGAAAUCUGAAUUACUUAACCAACCAUUUUUUAAUGAUGGUUCUGUUAAUUUAUUGGAUACUCCAUUAAAGUUUAUAACAUCAUCUGGCAAAACAAAUAAUGUAAGGAGUAAUCAUCAGCAUCCACUCAACAAGGAUAAUAAUGAGUUGGCUGGUAGCUUUGUUGAAAGUAAUACUCAAUUUGCAUUUUCACCACCUUGUUCAUCCCAAAGUACCACCUUUUCAAGAUACCGUCUUGAUUUUGAAGAAAUUCAUUUUUUGGGAAAAGUUCGUUUGAAUCCCAAUGAUAUUGAAAAAACUCGUAAAAUUCUAAGGGAAAUAACUACCUUAUCAAGAUUACAUCAUCAAUAUGUGGUGCGUUAUUAUACCACAUGGUUUGAAGAUUCAGAUGGAGCUUGGAAAGAAACUGAAUCAUUUAGUGAAAAUAUUGGGGGAUCAUUAGCAACUUCAAAUGAUGAUCUGACUAAAGUUAUGAUGAUGACCAGUAAUAAAAAUAGAAUUGGAAAUUCUAAAAAGUUUUCUCCUAAAGAAGAAAAAACGAGAAUACUUUAUAUACAAAUGGAAUAUUGUGAAAAACAAACUUUAAAAGAUAUUAUUGAUAUUGGUGUUAAACCGGAUGAUGGUUGGAGUAAUAUUUUUCUUGAUGCAAAUGGUGAUGUCAAGAUUGGAGAUUUUGGAUUGGCAACCACAAGUGAUGAAGUUGGAUCAUUUCGGGUAUCUAAUUUUGAUAGAAUGAGUAGUCGAGAAGAUUCAAUGACUGGAGAUGUUGGAACAACGUUAUAUGUUGCUCCGGAAGUUUUGAGUAAUAAUAAAAUUUUUGGUCUUCGUUAUAAUCAUAAAGGUAUAAUAUUCUUUGAAAUUUGUUACAAAUUUUCUACUGAAAUGGAACGUCGAGUGACAAUUCUCGGUCUACGAAAACCCGAAAUAAUAUUUCCCAAAGAUUUUUCUACAAAUAAAAUGGAAAAUCAAGUAUACAUCAUUCGUUGGUGUUUACAUCAUAAUCCUAAGAAUCGACCAACAAGUUUGGAACUUUUAAAAAGUGAAUGGAUGCCAGCAAAAUUAGAAGAUGAACAUGUACAAGAAUAUGUUAGAACAAUGGCCAAUCCCAAUACACCACAUUAUCGUACUUUAAUUUCUACCUUAUUCACACAAUCUCCUGAUAAGCAUAAAGAUCAUACUUACGAUUUUAAUUCUGUAAUGCGAGAUCACAUGCUUAGAAUCUUUCGACAUCACGGUGGUGUUGAAAUCAGUACACCAUUAAUGAUGCCUAAAUCUGAUAUUUAUGAAGAAGAUAAAAAAGCCGUUCAUUUGAUGGAUAUUGAAGGUGGAAUUGUUCAACUCAAUUACGAUUUGACAGUUCCAUUUGCAAGAUAUGUUUCUCGUCAACCACGUUUUGUAUAUGAAGCAGAUUUUGAUAUAAUUCAUUCAAGACAUUCACCAAUGGUCGCCGAAGCUGAAAUAUUUAAAAUAGUGGAUGAAAUUAUUGAAGAAUUUCCUCCAUUAAAAUCUAUCAAUUAUUGUUUCUUCUUAAAUCAUACAAAUAUUAUAGAAACGAUAUUUGAUUGCUGUCGGAUACCGGAAGAAAUAAGACGAGGGGUUUAUAGUUUAUUAGGACAAUUGGAGAAAAAAUAUUCAAUCAAUCAAAUAAGAGCUCAACUUUCUAAUAAAUAUAAAUUACCUAGAAAUAAAUUAAUUUCAUCAACUUCAAUGCGUACACGGAUACAUGAUGCCAUUAAAGAUUUUAAACUUUUAAUGAAAUAUGCAAAAUGUUUAGGUGUCCAACUAUUUCAAGUUAUGGAUGAUAAUAAUCGUAAAGAUGUAUUAGCAGCAGGUGGUAGAUAUGAUUCAUUAAUACAACAAUUUCGACAUCCAAUGACAGUUACAUCAAAAAAUGAUGAUGAAAAAAGUUUUGGAUAUUGGGCUUCAAAGAAGUGUGAUGUAUAUGUAGCAAGUUUUGGAAAAGUUCAUUUAGAAGAAAGAUUAGAUCUUAUUCAUGAAUUAUGGGCACAUAAUAUUAAAGCAGAUUUUAUGUAUGAAGAAUCAUCUGAUUUGACACCUGAAAUGUUAGCAAAUGCUUGUAAGAAACAAGGAAUUAAUUGGAUUGUCAUAAUGAGACAUAGAAAUCAAGAUUUAUAUAAGAAUAGUAGUAGUAGUUCUUCUUCUAGAAUUGAUUCUACCAUGACAACUACUGUUAAAGUUAAAAAUUUAUUAUGGAAAACUGAAGAUGAAGUUCCUCGCAAUGAACUUUGUGUUAGACUUAAUAGUGAGAUUAUUGAACAAGCAAGAAUUGAUUUACAUUCUUCUGGAUCCAAAUAUCAUAAUAAACAUUCUUUAUCUCCUCAAUCUGAACAAUGGGUAAUAGAACAAAUCAACAAAGGUGGAGUUCCUGUAUUGGCUUUAGAUAUAAAUCGUGAAAUUUUACGUAAAUUUGUUGAUUGUAAUGUAUUGGAAGAUGAAUCUUUCAAAAGUAAAGCACAUCAAAAAGAAUAUUUGAUUAAUGUUCAAGAAACACUUAAACAAAGGCACCAAGAAGGAUAUAAGCAGGUUUGGUUAUAUUCACAUCGAGAUGACUUCGGAAUAUUGUAUCAUUAUUUCUUAUGA